GGAGCCUGAUAUGUUCAUUUUAGUGUCUCGUGCUUUUAGCUUUAUGUGGGGGUUCAGUUCCUGCAAGACCUACCCAUAUCAGGGUGAAUCCCAGCCUUUUGCUGUGUCCUGUCUGGGGACCAGGAUAAGUGGUGAGAUGAUGGAUGGAUUUUCUACAAACGUCACAAUAUAUAAACGUUCUAGUUCUGUUUGUGCAGUGCACUGUCAUCGUUGGCUGUUUGAGUAAUACAGGCAAAGUUUGGAUCACGGGUUGGAUACAGAAAAAGAAAGAAGAAAUUUUUCUUGAUUGUUCAAGGCUAAGUAUUGAUUUUUUAAUCAACAUUCACAGGUAAUUUUCCCAAUUAAAAUAUUCUUUUUCAUUGGAUAUAAUAGAUAGCACCAAUAGUUUUAAAAUAAUUUUUAUACGUAAUUUCAACAAUGGAAAAAUGGCUAAAUGAACAAUUCAUAGUUGUCUUUUUAACGGAUGUGAAAAGUGAAAAAUGCUUUGAAGACCAUAUUGCAUUGUACUUUUCUCUUUGACUGAAAAUCAUGCAGAUACAAAUACGAUUCUGAAUUGUUUUGGACUCGGGUACUAAUAUAUCAGUCAGGUUAGAACAGAUUUGUGGUGUGAUAUCACUUGUUGUAGAAGGACUGACUGUACCUUCAUAAUUAAUUGAUUAUAAUACUUCAUAAGCUCCAAUGAAACUCUGAUCUAUAAUGCAUUAUAGAUAACUGCAUAGUGCAUUAUAAUGAUCGGGAUAAGAAUUAAGGAUGAUUUGUACUGCAUUAUGAAGGUAUCCAUAGUGCAAUAUACAUGAGAGCAUCAUAAAGCAUUCUUAAUGCAUAAUAAACAUGGCUUUAAGGUGUUAUGCCUUUUUUAAAAAUAUUUAUAGCCAUGUUUAUAAUGCAUUAUGAAUACAUUUUAAUGUGUUAUUAAUGUGUCCAUCGAUUGUUAUAGACAUAGUAUUCAUAGAAAGUUUUACCCUGUUUUCCAUCUUUCCUCCUGUAGAUUUUAAAUGUCUGUAAAGGACUCAAAGCCAAAUCUCACCCAGUCCCAAGCUGAGGAGCUACUUGGGCGUGUCUUUGGACUAACCGUGACACAGAUGAAGUCCUUGCCCAGCUACGAUGACCAAAACUUCCAUAUAAGAGUGAGUGAAGGGAGUGAGUAUGUUCUGAAGGUCAUGAACUCAGUGGACAGCAAGAAUUCCACUCUGUUGGAGCUGCAGACGCACGCCAUGAGCUUCUUACGACAGCAUGGCCUUCCCGUCCCGACUGCCGUUCCCACUCUGGACAGGCAGCUAUUGAGCCUCGAGGCUAUUGAUACUGGAUCAGGCAGUGAAGUAUACUUGGUGAGAUUGCUGACCUACCUGUCAGGCACCACUCUUGCAAAAGUUCCCUCCUCCCCUCAGAUUCUGUAUCAAGUUGGGAAAAUGGCUGCAAAGAUGGAUGAAAUACUGCAGAAGAUGGAGCAUCCAAACAUAGACGCCCUGCAGAGGGAGAACUUCAUUUGGAAUCUGUCCAAUAUUCCUCUACUAGAGAAGUAUGUCCCUGUAAUGGAUGGUGAUCCUGUGCAGCAGAUAGUAAAGGAUGUCAUUCGGCUGUACAAGAGUCAAGUUUUGCCAAAACUGGGUUCAUUCCGGAAGUGUAUAAACCACGGAGACUUUAAUGACCACAACAUAUUGGUGAAACCCGAUGGGCCAGCUGGCUACAAGAUCUCCGGCAUUAUAGACUUUGGAGACAUGAGCAGUGGGUACUAUGUCUUUGAACUGUCCAUCACUAUAAUGUACAUGAUGAUUGAGAGCCCUAAUCCAGUGGAUGUGGGUGGACCAGUGUUGGCAGGCUGGGAGAGCGUCUUUCCUUUGAAUGGAGCCGAGCGGGAUUCCCUUUACCUGCUGGUGCUGUGCCGCUUUUGUCAGUCUCUUGUUCUGGCACGUCAUGCAUGUGCGCUUUAUCCUGAGAACGAGGAGUACCUAAUGACUACUGCAAAGACGGGCAUUAAAAUCAUAAGUAAACUCUGGGAACUGGGCAAGGAACAGGUAGAAAGUCAUUGGGUUGAAGGAGCCCGGAAGUAUUUAAACCAGCAGAGUGACGUAUUACCGUAACCAAGGAGCUACUGGGAGCACAUAUGAUACAGAAGAACAUAAGAAAUUUACAAACGAGAGGAGGCCAUUUGGCCCAUCCAGCUCGUUUGGGGAGAACUCAACUAAUAGCUCAGAGUUGUUAAAAUUUUUAUCUAGCUCUGAUUUAAAGGAAC